AGAAGCUUCAGUACAAGUCUAACAGUGGUAGUGUAAGGAUAUGUGCGGUCUUGACGCGAAAAUGAAUCUGUUGUAUCUGGCUGUUCCUGCGUGAUCUCUCCGUCGUCAUGAUGGAUAACUCGCCGGUUGAAGUGUGGCGGAGGCUUAUGCUGUGCAUUAUGACGGUCAUUGUGAUGGGCCAAAUGUUCACAGACAUAAUGGUUGCUAAGGGAGAAUUUGUGCAUAAAAACUUCACGGAGAGUGUUGGUGAUAGUGGCCCAUCGCUUGGUCUGCGGGGAGAGGAUACCACACAUGAGACUGAAGGGGCUGAGGUGCGGUGCCAGUGUAACCUCCCGCGGUGCGUCACGCUGGGCUACAUGUGCAAGAGUCUGCUGGGCGCCUGCUUUACCAAUAACACGCCUGCGCCCACCCACGCCUACACCGGCAACCACAAGCUUCAUCAUCCCUCGGCGCCCAUGCACGGUUGCGUCGAGCUCCUGCCAGAGAACAGGCAUGCCGAGUGUAUAAGAAAAGGGGGAGUGAAGCCGCCCCAGGGAGUCCUCGCCCUGACCCCCACCCCAUCCAUGCCACCACAGCCAGACCCCGCCCUCACCUGCUGCCGCCACGACAUGUGCAACUUCCAAGAUAUUGACAAGUACAUACAGAUGGACGGGGAUGGCCACACUGAUAUGAAAAUACGAGAUUCAGAAUUAGAAACAUUGUGGUUCCGAGCAGCAACAAUAGCAGUGCCCAUUGCUGGGGGCUUCAUACUGAUUGUGCUGGUGCUGUUGGCUACCAAGAUGCUUGCCAAGGAGAAUAAAAGACAAAGGAUGGCACAGCAGGUGCUGGGGGAGCAUUACUUAAAGGCUGCCUUGUACCCUGGGGGAAGUUCAGCAGCUCUCACUCACUCGUCAAUCUGCUGCCACCCACCACUUACUAAAGGUGCCCUCCUGAGUGAUAUAAGUAUAAGAAAUACCUCUGAAGAAAAAAAUCCCAACUACAGACACCCUGGUGGGCACAUCUAUAACAUUGAGGAGAUCAAGCCUUUGAAUGUUAUCUGUCAAGAUGACCAGUGGGACCAAAGACAGGCAGAAUCUCCACCCUGUCUUGAACUGUAUGCUAGACUUCUCUAAAUAUACUAUAUAUGUAAAUGGUGUUGCUCAGAACUAUAGAGAAUACUGAAGUGAAUGUUUAUUCCCAUAUGCAACUGUUAAGUGCUGAUGGUCCAAACGAAACUUGUUUGCACUAGCUACGUGACUCCCUGAACAUGGAGGACACACUACCAUGGUUUUUUGGAACCUGUGAAUAGUGCAGUGCUACUCUUAACAAAAUACUCAUUUACUAUAGUGUUGAUGUUUUAUAAGUUCAUGUGCUUUCAAGUGGAAAGUAUGAACAUUUUUUAUACAUAUCAUCUGAAACCUUUUCCUGAAUUAUUUACACUAAAUAGCAUCUUUCCCCUCAAAUGUGAGUGAAAUAAGUACUUUUGUGAUUAUUUGCUCAAAAAUCAGAACUGUACUGGUGGAGUGAAAAUAUUUUUUUAUUGCAUUACUGCAGAUAUUGAACAGAUACAAGUGUGAAUUCCAGGACAUUUGAACUUAUUUGUGUUGAAAAGUUAUCACUAGUUAAAAAGUUUACAGGAAUUCUGAAUUAAAAAUAUCAAUAAAUUGUCCCUAAGUUUAUAAUGAAAGAACUGUGAUGACAGUUGUGCAGGCAAUGUUACAAACAUGCCCAUGGUGGGAGCAGUUAACUAGCAAUGAUCAUGAGUUACUUGCACUGAUAUUAAGGGAAUUAAAGCCUGCAGUGUGGGUUGUAUAAACUUCCCAUGUACAGAUGUAGUGCAGUGUUAGCAGUAUUAUAUUGGAUCUUAGAUGUGCAGGUGAAGCCAGGGAAAAAGUAUAUUUGCUCACCAAAAUAUGAUACAAGUCUACUUAUAUCAGGUGAUUUAGAAAAUGACCAGGCAUAACAAGUGCAUCACAGAAAACUGAAUUUCCUGGACAAAGCUGUGAUAUGUUUAUUUGCUUUUUUUCUUCUCGUGUUGUUCACAAGGUGCUUCAAGUAAGGCGUAGCUUUGCUGCCUGUAAGCCUUCCAGAGCUCAGGACUUUAGCCACCUCAACAUUUUUAGCAAAAUUAAUCAGACUUAGUAGACAUGGAUGCAUCAUAAAUCAAUUAUUCUAAAUUUAUUUGAUAGCUCGUUUGGUUUUGUUGAUUGACUGUGGCUUGACUUCUUUGGUUUGGCAGAAAUCUUUACUAUAUAAUUAUGAUGACUACAUUUUCACAUUGAUAGUAUACAAGAUAAUUUUGAUAAAACAAUCUAUGUAUUGUCCACAUAUAUAGACUGGUAGAAAUAUUCAGAUGUAGAUGGUUUGUUAAUAAGUUCCUACUUUCUGCAUUCCCAAUAUUAUGGUGAUUUAGUUACAAAAAAAAUUAGUUACUUCCUUUAUAGAAGAAUGUAUGUGUAUGCUUUAACUUUCUCCUGUAUUUAUAAGUUUUUAUGUGGUGAUGAUAAUCUGAUAAAAAAUAAUGUGAUUUUGGAAAUAUUUUGAAUAUUGAGGGGAACAAAACAAUGCAAUAUGGAUCAGUUUUUUAGUUAGAUCCAUUCAUAAAAUGAUGUGUAAACAAUUCUUUGUUAGCCAUGACAUUCAUAACAAAUAAAUGAGGUUCUUGAUGUUGAGCAAGCUUAUGCAGCAUAGCUUUUAUGUAACAAGUUAUGAAGGUUGAGUGGUGUACUUUUCUACUUUCCCAUAUGUGAUGCUACAAUGAGAGCACACUGGUGCUUUAAUGUGUCUUUAAUGUGCUGGAGGAAUUUUUGCAGGCAUGAAUAUGUCUGGUGAUAUUACUUGCACUUUGUGAAUCAAAUAUUUAUUGCAAA